AUGCAUACUGCUGAAUUCUUAGAUAUCGAUAAUACAAGUAUCUCUUCUGUUCUUGCCGGCGGUUACAACCAUCCUCUGUUAAGAGAAUGGCAAAGUGAGAGACAAUUAACAAAAAAUAUGCUCAUUUUCCCUCUCUUCAUAUCAGACAAUCCAAACGAUGAGACCCCUAUUGAUUCAUUACCCAAUAUCAAGAGAUUUGGCGCUAAUAAGAUCGUUCAAUAUCUCAGACCGUUGAUUGAAAAAGGCUUAAGAUCAGUCAUACUAUUCGGUGUUCCGUUGAAAGAAAACGUUAAAGAUCCUGUAGGCACGGCCGCAGACGAUCCAGAUGGUCCAGUUAUCCAGGGUAUCAAAGUUUUAAGACAAGCUUUCCCAGAUUUAUAUAUCAUUUGUGAUGUUUGUCUCUGUGAAUAUACUUCACACGGGCAUUGUGGCGUCCUUUAUGAUGACGGUACCAUAAAUAGAGAAAGAAGCGUUUCAAGAUUGGCCGCAGUGGCAGUUAAUUACGCCAAAGCAGGUGCUAACUGUAUAGCUCCAAGUGAUAUGAUUGAUGGAAGAAUCAAAGAUAUUAAAUUAGGAUUGAUUAGGGCAAAUUUGGCACAUAAGAUAUUUGUACUCUCUUAUGCAGCAAAAUUCAGUGGUAACCUAUAUGGACCAUUCCGUGAUGCAGCAUGUUCUGCUCCUUCCGAAGGUAAUAGGAAAAAUUAUCAAUUACCUCCUGCUGGUAGAGGUCUUGCCAGAAGAGCACUAUUAAGAGACAUGAAUGAAGGUGCAGAUGGUAUUAUUGUUAAACCCUCCACUUUUUACUUAGACAUAAUGCGUGAUGCCAGUGAAAUUUGCCAUGAUUUGCCAAUUUGUGCUUACCACGUUUCUGGUGAAUAUGCUAUGCUGCAUGCAGCUGCUGAAAAAGGUGUUGUAGAUUUGAAGACGAUAGCAUUUGAAUCUCACCAAGGUUUCCUAAGGGCAGGUGCUAGAUUGAUCAUCACUUACUUGGCCCCAGAAUUCUUAGAUUGGUUAUCUAAUACGAAUUAA